CAUAUUUGUCUCAAACAAAAAUUAAACUUGGUAAUCUCAUUUAUAAAAUAUUAAAUUAAACCGUAAAGUAAUAUAAUUAAAUAAUCUCUUUACCUAUGAUUGUUUUUCACAUAGGGGAAGUUUUAUUUUGUUGAGGAAACCACACUAAACAAAUUAACAUAACACAGUAGAAAUUUAUACGAAAAUGUGGAAGAGAAGUUUCGUCGGCGCCAUCGGCGCACUCCGCCACACAACGGCAGUUCGCGGCGCCGCCACCAUAUCAUCCGCCGUAGACUCCAUGAUUCUCCGUUCCCUCAAGGAUCACUACAUGGAAGUUGCCAAAAUGAACAUGCCUCCUAAAGUGAGUCCUCCAUCACCGUUCACAAUUGUGAAGGGAGCAUUGGAUUCCGAAGGUCCAGUUUUGAAGCGAAACUACGGCGAUGAAGAAGUUAGCAUCUAUGUGAUGAGAUUGUCCAAUGUCGAUGACGAACAAGACGGUGCUAUUGAUCAGCUUUUCAUUCACGUUGAUGUAUCCAAACCUGAACAGAAGGAAUCGUUGAAUUUUCUAUGUGGUCUUUAUGAAGAUGCUCUUGGAAUUCACUCUGUUUCCAUGAGACCUAAGCUUCAAACAUCUGAUGGCUUCAUUCUUAUUCCCACGCAAUACACUGGUCCUGUUUUUGCAGAACUAGAUGAAACGAUGAGAGAUGCAUUUCACAGUUACAUAGAGGAGCGAGGUGUAAAUGAUAAACUCUUUAAAUUUCUUCAAGCAUGGCUAUAUGUAAAGGAACAUCGAAAUUUAAUGCGUUGGUUCAAAACGAUGGGAUUGUUCAUUGACGGAAAGAGACCAGCUACAGGUGCUUAAUUCUCUCGCAGAGGGCAUAUAUUUUGCAAUGAGAUCCUACAGUGGGCAAGUUAUUAUGUAUUCAAAACUUGUUGAAUUUUAAUUAUCUUCUUUAUUUUAAUAUAAUUUUUUUAUAAUACUUGCUACUAUUAUAUUGUAAUAGGAAAUUAGUUUUAUUUUCUCUCUA